AUGAAUGGAAUAGGAUUUCUAGUUGUAAAAGAUCCAGAUGAUACUGCAAUAUGGAGGCCAAAGCAAGCUGUUUCUGGAGUUCUGGGAUCAAAUGCCCUCCGUGAUGUUAAGAAAGCUGUGGACCAACACCAUUUGCCCAUACAUCCUGAAAUCAGAAGCUUUUUGGCUCUUUACGAGGAGAUUCCAGCCAGCGUGAAACAGGAUUUGAAAGUCAGUAAGCGACCAGUCUUGGUACCAGCACGUUCCUUGCAAGUCCUGGAAGGCAGUGUUCAACCAACCAGCGUGCCAUACACUGCUAUUAUAGAGGAAAACACUGUACCACUUCGAAGAGGUGUUGUCCUUGGCCCAUCCGUUGUUUCAGUAGAUGACCGCGGCACUGUUCCUUUCCAGGUUGCCAACUUCAGAAACUCUGAUGUUUACUUACGACUGAGAACAGCAAUUGGCACUCUUAGCCGUGCUGAAGUAGAUUCCCCUGUAAUUAUUGCGGAAGUCAACAACUUUGAAGUUCAAGUUUGUGCGGAAGUGAAUGGAAAAGGAUAUCUUCAGAGAGUCAUCCGGUCCCUAUGCUUCCCCGCUUGUGUUGGUUCGGAAAGGAAAGUUUGCUGCGAAUACAGUGCUUUGAAUAAUAAGACCCGUGCGGACGCUUAUUCGAAAGAAGCUUUUCGAAUAGCCACUGGCGGACUCUACGAAUACCUGCGCAUGCCCUUCGGCCUUACAAACGCACCAGGCUCUUUCAUGCGGUUGAUGAAUCCGAUAUCCGAUGAAAACUUUCAGACUCUGUCAGUCUACCUAGAUGACAUUCUUCUCUUUGGUUCCAGCUCUGAAGAGACUCUUGAAAGGUUGGACAUGGUAUUUGGUCGUCUUGCCAAGUAUAAUCUGAAAUUGAAGCCUGAGAAAUGUCAGCUUUUCAAAAAACGUUUUAGGUACCUCGGCCAUUUUAUCUCUGAAUCUGGCAUUGCACCAGACCCAGAGAAAUUCCGUGCUAUCACUGACUGGCAGAAACCCAGAACUGAAACUCAACUUAGAGGAUUCUUGGGAAUAGCCGGGUAUUACCGGAAGUUUGUUCUGGGAUUCGCUGCCAUUGCUGCACCCCUUCACUCAAUGCUGCAUGGUGUAAAGAGCAAAGAGGACAAACUCAGGGUGAAAGGCAUAAAAGACUGGGAUGAAAGUUGCAAUAAGGCCUUUAAUGAACUGAAGAAGAAGAUAUCCUCCGCUCCCAUUCUAGGCCAUCCAGAUUUCACCAAACCUUACAUCCUUGAAGUCGAUGCGAGUAACCUAGGACUUGGUGCUGUUCUAUCACUGGAUCAGGACGGACAUAAAAGUGGUUCUUGCAUAUGCCAGUCGUUCUCUUUGACCAGCUGA